GGAAAUAGAAAUGAUAUCAGCUCAUAAAAGAGUAUUGGGAAGAGAUUUUUUCCAUGUAAGUAUUUACUUUACCGAUGUCUCUAGUCACUUCCCAUGUCUAUCUCAUCAUGUCUCCCCACCUAUCUAUCUAGUGGCUAGUGGGCAGUGGCUACUCUCUAGUGCCUUGAAACGGAUUGGUGUUCGGUGCGGUAAAAAAAAGUUUCAACUUUCAAGACACCAUCUUCACUCUUCUCUCAUGCAUUGUUGAAGAACAGAUCUGACCAAAGUUACAGACUUACAGUACACUCCAUUUCAUAUUUUCAUCUGAAUCUGCAAUUCCAUUAUGUUUCUUUCUUUUCUUUCUCGUUUGAUUUCUUAUGUGAUAGCUCUUUUCAGGGCACGUUUUCAAUCUAAAACUCAGAAGCAAGAAGUGUCUUUGAAACUUCUUGUAAACACAGAGACUAACAAAGUUUUAUUUGCUGAAGCAGAUAAAGAUUUUGUUGAUAUUCUCUGUAGCUUCUUAACAUUGCCAUUAGGAACCAUUGCUAGACUUCUUCAAAAAGAGUCCAAUAUCGGACCCAUUGCAAUUGGUUGUUUGAGUUCUCUGAAUCAAAGUGUGGAAAAUCUUGGUUUGUUGACAAAUUAUAAUUCAUCAGAAGUUUUUUGCCGUAAUCUCAUAAUUAACAUUGAUGACACUCAGCCUACAAAGUACUUCGUAUGUUCCAAGUUUCAUGAAUUAGUUAAUUAUGGUCUUGGUGACGGAUGCUCUUAUUUGAGCAUAGAUUCUAACAAAAAUUAUUGUAUGUUAAGGCAUCCUAUGUCCCAUUCAGUUUCUUUCUGUGAUAUGCUGCCACUGUUUCGUUUGGGAUUUGUGAAGUAUAAGACAAGUUUUAUUAUUAGUGAUGAUUUAAUAAUCUUACCGCACUCCAUGAACCACACAAUCUAUGAUCUGAGCAAGAACUGUGGAAUACAAAGCACAAGUUCUAUUAAAGAAAUGACUGUGAAUGUCACUAAGGAAAAGGUAUUGGAUCUGUUAAAGCGUUCAAUAUUUUCGAAGACCCCUCUGACUGAUAUUUUUUUGGGAAUGAAGCCUAUUAUCGAGAGAUCAAUGGUUUUCUCUUUUGAUGAUGUUAAACACAUUUUUUGUGGUGAUAUUAAUAUCACCGUGAAGCUGGUUGUAAGAAAAUCAGAUGAGAAUAUAUUGUAUGCUCAAGGGGGACAAGAUUUGGCGGAACUAAUUAUACGAUUUCUAACAUUUCCAUUGGGCGGAGUUUUACGCAAUUUAGAAGGCAUUUCUGUUGGCAGUAUAGUAUUGAUGGAUUGUGCAAGAGCAUAGCUGAUUUAAAUGAAGACAAGUAUUUCAUAGGCAAAGAAGCAAAGAACAGGCUUCUCCGGCUAAGUGUUUUGCAUUAUUAUUAUCUUCACUCUGAUAAUCUUCUUUUCAACAAAGGGUUAGUUUUGCAAGAGGAAGAUUUGAGUGCUGGGAGAAAUUUUAAAAAAAUGAAACUGGUUAAUACCAUUACCACACCGCCGUCUACGGAAAAUCCUUUUGAUUAUAAAAAGAGUCCAGAAAUGUAUGUUGUUACGGAUGAUCUGAUCGUAGAACCGUUGUUGUCUCCAAUUUCAUCCGUAUAUUUACUUCAGCGUUUCAAAAUUCCUCUUAAUGAUUUAGAGGAAAAAGUGGUCACCACUAGUACAGAAAACACUUUUUACAUCUGGCCAAAACCCCAUUUUACAUCCGACCCCGGUAAGUUUACGCUUUUUACAUCUGACAUUCGCCAGAUGUAAAAGUGUCCCCUUUUACCUCUGUUCUCGUGUUUCAGCUGACCAAUUUUUUUUUAAAUUAAAUUGGACCUUUUACAUCUGACCAAGUCACCAGAUGUGAAAUAGUAACUUUAUUUAAUUUUUUUUUUUU